UGCUGUCACUGUGGCUUUGGUUCUCCUCCCAUGCCCCUUAUCCAACAUGUGAGGACGGGGAUGGGCGUAGAAAGCGCAGAGAGAACCAGCAGAGGCAGAGUGGUAGUGGUAAUAGAAUAAAGUCAGAAAGAGUGCAACAGAGAGAAGAUCAGUAAGAGCGAAUAGCAGAAGAGACAUUAUGAGCAGCCCUGAGCUGCCCAAAGAGGAGGUAUCUAUGGAUCCUACAGAGGAGUCCAAUUCACACCAGGAAGGGAUGCAGCAAGUCCUGCAGGCGUUUUCUGAUCUCCCUCCUUCUUCCGAUCUGGAUCUCAUCUUCCUCAAAGGCAUCAUGGAGAGUCCUACGCCCCAUGAGCGGAUUGAGGAAACCCGGCUGGAAGCCGUGAGGGAAAAUAAUCUGCAGCUGGUCCAGGAAAUCCUCCAAGAUCUGAAGCCUGCAGUCAGAGAAUCCAAUGGGGCAGCAGCUGAGUUGCGGAAUAUCCUGCAGGAGCCACAUUUCCAGUCUCUUUUACAAACUCAUGACUCGGUGGCUUCCAAGAACUAUGAGACUCCUCCACCAAGCCCACUUCUGGAUCCUACCCUGAGCAACCAACCUGUUCCACCUGAUGCUGUGCGUAUGGUGGGUGUCAGAAAGAAUGCAGGAGAGCAUUUGGGUGUGACUUUUCGUGUGGAAGGUGGUGAGCUGGUGAUUGCACGUAUCCUGCAUGGUGGUGUUAUAGAUCAGCAAGGCCUUCUUCAUGUGGGAGAUGUCAUAAGGGAGGUGAAUGGACAGGAGGUGGGAAGUGACCCUCAAGCUCUACAGGAGAUGCUGCGGGAUGCCAGCGGGAGUGUGGUGCUGAAAAUACUCCCAAGCUAUCAGGAGCAGCAUCCUCUGAGACAGGUGUUCGUAAAGUGUCAUUUCAGCUACGACCCUUCUAAUGACAGUCUGAUCCCAUGUAAGGAGGCAGGGUUGGCUUUCCGGGCAGGUGACCUCCUGCAGAUUGUCAACCAGGAAGACCCGAACUGGUGGCAGGCGUGUCUAGUGAAAGGUGGCUCCGCAGGUCUCAUUCCCAGCCAGCUACUGGAGGAGAAGAGAAAAGCAUUUGUUAAAAGAGAUGGUGAGCUGACCCCAAACUCUAGUGCUCUUUGCGGAAGUAUGGGAGGAAAAAAAAAGAAGAGGAUAAUGUAUGUAACCACCAAAAAUGCAGAGUUCGACCGCCAUGAACUUCUCAUUUAUGAAGAAGUAGCAAAGAUGCCCCCAUUCCGAAGAAAGACCCUCAUUCUCAUUGGUGCCCAGGGAGUUGGGAGGAGGAGCCUGAAGAACAAACUGCUGACUUCUGACACAUUGAGAUACGGCACCACAACGCCAUAUACCUCACGGAAGAGGAAAGAAGGAGAAUGGGAUGGUCAGUCCUACAUUUUUGCGUCCCGCGCAGAGAUGGAACAAGACAUAAAAGCUGCCCGCUAUUUGGAGCAUGGUGAAUAUGAGGGCAAUCUGUAUGGCACAAAGAUUAGUUCCAUACAGGAAGUGGUGACAUCAGGAAAGAUGUGUGUGCUGGAUGUCAACCCGCAGGCAGUGAAAGUCCUCAGGACUGCAGAGUUUGUGCCAUAUGUUGUGUUCAUUGGAGCUCCGGAUUUCCAAACCCUAAAAACCAACAACCAGACAGCAGUUCAUGCCGGUCUGACGGCAAAACAAUUGUCUGACGGUGAGCUCCUACGCAUUGUGGAGGAAAGUGAACGGCUCCAGCAAGCCUAUGGCCAUUACUUUGACCUUAGUCUGGUGAACUCAGAUCUGGAGAAAAGUUUCCAUGAGCUGCAGGUGGCUCUUGAGAAACUCCGCACUGAGCCCCAGUGGGUUCCCGUCAGUUGGGUCUACUAGAUGACCGAAUGUCCUCGUAUUACCUCUAGGACCUCAGAGCCAGACAGCAGUGUAUAAAACAUGGACAGGCAUCUGGGUACAACUCGGAUGUUCCCUAUCCCCCAUAUUACCCCUCUUGUAAUUCAUUCUACACAACUCCUACCUGGUCAGCUGUUACCUUUUGCAGAUUUUUGUACCAUAUAUUUCUUCCAUUCUCUUGUUAUUAUUCUGCAGUUUACCUGCCAAUCAACUGAACAUGUGUGCUUAUGACAAGGUGAUAAGCUGUAUUAAAGGGUGCCAAAGGUUCCUUUUAAAAAGGCAAAUUCACCUUUAUGAUCUUUUUUACUUGCAACAUAAUUGUGUAUUAUCUCAGUUCUGGUUUAUAACCCUUUUUAUCUCCUUUACAUGCCAAGCUAUUUUAUUCUGUCCUUCUCAUACUGGUUUUGAAUUCUGCUGGUUGCAGUAGGGGGGUCAGUGCAUAUAAGGAGCCCCUAUAUGUGCAGUAAGAAAGGCCUUUGGAAUCACCUUGACCUGACUGCAAUACAAGCUCAUUAGGGAAUAGUACAUGCAGGAAAAUCAGUUUUUUUUAACACUAAAGUUGGUCAGAGCUUUCCCUAAAUAAUUUGAUAUGUUUAUUUUAAGGUAGGUUCUCAAUUUGUAUGGCUGUUAGUAAAUCUUAAAGAGAUUACGCAAUAAGAUUGAAUCAUUUGUGGCAAGUUUAAGGCCUACCCACAACUAAUUAAAAUGAAAAGGAGAACAGACCCAAGCAUACGCCAUUUUAAAAUAUGGAAGAGCAAGGUCUAUUGGGAUUUUUGGCAUAUAAAGUAGACCUACGGUAUACUAAAAUGCCACAUGUAAAAAAGUGUAGGCACUAGGUCAUGUGUAAGAAAAUGGUGAUCAGCGCGACUACCUAAAAUGAACGUCUGACUCUAAUGCCGCGUACACACGAUUAGUCCAUCCGAUGAGAACGGACCAAUG